AUACUACACAGUUCGCAUGAAAGGUGACUAUGAUAUUUCCAAAAAGAAUCCUGGGAAAUCCCUUCCCCCCUAUCCCAAUGGCUGGUACAUCGCCUGCAAGUCCAAAGAACUGCUGCCCGGAACCACCAAACAGGUUGAUAUCUCAGGUCAAAACAUCACGCUCUUCAGAAGCCCCAAAGGUGAUGUCUAUGCCCUUCAUUCAUAUUGUGCCCAUAUGGGGGCGAACCUAGGCGUUGGAGGACAAGUGGAGUGGAUCAAUAAGUUCGAGAAUAGAGGCCAGACCAUCCACGAUAUCAUGUCUCACAUCCAAGAUGUCCCUGAGAAUGGAGCAGACGUCUUUCAUUUUAGGUAUAUUCAUCGGUAUCUGAUCGGAAAAUACAAAAUGCUUGAGGUUUCAUGGACUCCCAAGUGGAAAAGAGGAGACGACCCCGACCUCGCUGAGCUGUUUGAACACAAGGACAAAACUAUUCGGGAAUUCAAGCAAGAAAUAUACCAAAAGAUCAUCAAACCCAUCACCAACAAACAAUAUUACAGCUUCGCUAAUGUGGAUAACUACCUUCAUUUGCCAAUCAUUGGUCCAGUCUUUGUCUUCAAUUUGACUAUCAUACAAAUGGGUCCUGGAAUUGUCAACAUCUACCUUAAGUCCAAGUUCUUCGAGAUCCUAUUUUUGCAAUACAUUCAUACCUUAGGAAAAUUCCACCAGAGGCUUUACCACGAGAUGUUUUCUUCGAGCUGGUUGCCAUACUGGCUAUCCUCCAUCAUGCUCUACGCUGAGGGUCUCCAGGUUUACUAUGACAUGUUGGUCUGGGAUGCAAAAAAAGUCAGCUAUAAGCUGCAUUACAAGGAUAACGAAGCCGAUAGGUUUAUUAAGAGCUGGAGGGAAUGGUUUAGUCAAAAUUAUCAAGGGUGUGAUGUACAACUGGAGAAAAGCAUCAAUGAUUGGUGA